CUAUGUAGUUUAAUUGGGGGAAAAACUUAAAAGUUUAUUAUAAAAUUGAAAAUUGAAAAUGAAAUCAUUAUAUUAGCUUGUGGAAAUUGAUGGUGAUUUAUUUAAUUUUGCAACUUCAUUUACAUUAUGCUUCUCAAAUCCCCCGUUACACUCAGGUUGUUGGUUUCACACUAUCACUCCCAGUGCAUUGAUCUGUUGUCUUCAUUUGUUAUGGUUCUUGUUUUGCCUUUUCCACUUUUCUUUACUGACAACAUUAAAUUAUUUUAGUGAAAUGAAGUUCAUCCCAUCAAAUAGCCAUGUAAUCCUUACCAGUUUCAAUUGAAAAAUGGUAAUGUGUAUUGUGAUAUGAAAGGACGCGUAAUUGGUACAUUAAGUUUAUUUUUUUACACAUUGUGAAGACUUGAACCCUUAACCUUCAAACCUUCAACUUUAGUUGAGCUACCCAUCCCACCCCGUGAAUUAUCACAAGUGAUCUUAUAAAAAAUAGUGUAAUGUGACCCAAAUUAAACCGGUCAUCAUUUCCUUUUUGACAAAGAGAAGAGACUGUACUUAAAGUAAACAUGUGGUCCCUUUGAUGAACCGACCAUUGAAAUUGAAAUGUGCAACAAAAAGUAGUGGUGGGGAUGAAAGAAACUUGACUAGAUGUUAGUGGGAAAUUUCAAGGAUGUUACAUUAGAAUGUUGGUGGAAGAUGGUAACAAAGACCAUGAAAAUGUUUCAACUAAGAAUACUGCAACAAUUAUUUAAGGCCAUUUGAUUGUUAGUUGUUUCAAUGUACCAAGUGAGCUUAUUCUUUCCACUUAAAUCUUAACAACUUACAAUUAUAUUUAAUUUUUCCUUUAAGUUUCACAGCAACAGUGCAAAAUACAUCUUCAUCAGCAAGUUAGUUUUGGCUUUUACAAUUUCAAUGGCUAGUAGUAGCAACCAAAUUGUCUCUUCAUCUAGAAUGACAUGGAAAUAUGAUGUGUUUGUGAGCUUCAGAGGUGAAGACACACGCAACAAUUUCACUGAUCACCUUUUUGGUGCUUUUCAAAGAAAAGGCAUUGUUGCCUUCAAGGAUGAUACAAAGCUAGAGAAAGGGGAAGAUAUAUCAUCUGAGCUUCUAAAAGCCUUUGAAGGAUCUCAAAUUUUGAUUGUUAUCUUCUCGAGAAACUAUGCUUCUUCCAGAUGGUGCUUGCGGGAACUAGAAAAAAUUGCUGAAUGCAAAGUAUUAGGACAAACUGUGCUACCUAUUUUCUAUGAUGUCAGUCCAUCUGAGGUACGAAAGCAAAGCGGAGAUUUUGAAAAAGCCUUCAUGGAGCAUGAAGAUAGAUUCAAAGAAAAUUUAGAGGAAGUGCAAAGAUGGAGGGGAGCUCUAACAAAAGUAGCCAACCUCUCUGGUUAUGAUGUAAAGGAUAAGCCAGAAUAUGCAGAGAUUGAAAAAAUUAUUAAAAAGGUAACAAGCUUAUUGGGUCACAAAUUUUCAACAUUACCUGGCGAUAUAGUUGGAAUGCACUCACGAGUGGAAGAAUUAGAAAACCUUAUGAAGUUGGACUCCGAUGAUGAUGUUCGAGUUGUAGGGAUUUGUGGAAUGGGCGGAAUAGGGAAGACAACUCUUGUUGAUGCUUUGUAUGCUCGAAUCUCUAAUCAAUUUGAAGCUUGCUGCUAUAUUGAUGUAAGUAAAACUUAUGGAGGUUAUGGCCCAAUAGGAGUGCAAAAGCAACUUCUUUGUCAAACUCUAAAAGAAGAAAAUCUUCAGAUAUACAAUCCUUAUAUGGCAUCUAAUUUGAUUCAAACUAGGCUAUGUCAAGUAAAAUCCUUUGUAAUCCUUGAUAAUGUUGAUCAAGUGGAACAACUGGAUAAAUUAGCCUUGAAACGAGAGUGGCUAGGCACGGGGAGCAGAAUGAUCGUAAUUUCUAGAGAUCGUCAUAUCUUGAGAGAGCAUGGAGUAGAUGGAGUUUAUGAAGUUCAACUCUUGGAUCAUAGUAGUGCCCUUCAAUUGUUUUGUAGGAAAGCUUUCAAAAGUGAUGAUAUCAUGACUGGUUACACAGACUUCACAUAUGGUGUACUAAAUUAUGCCCAUGGCCUUCCAUUAGCAAUUAAAGUAUUGGGCUCAUUUUUGUAUGGUCGAGAUGUCUCUGAAUGGAGAAGUGCAUUGGAAAGAUUAAGAGAGAAUCCAAUGGCAGGUAUUACGGAUGUACUCCGAAUUAGUUUUGAUGGGCUAUUGGAGACAGAAAAGGGUAUAUUUCUUGAUAUUGCUUGUUUCUUUCGUGGAAAAAGAGAGACAUAUGUGAAGAAAUUUUUAGAUAUUCGUGGAUUUCAUCCUGAAAUUGGUUUAAGAGUUCUCCAUGAUAAGUCAUUCAUUACUUUUCAGUAUGGGCAUAUUUUUAUGCAUGAUUUAUUCGAAGAACUUGGCAAGAAUAUCGUUAGAGAAAAAUCACCCAAAGAACCAAGAAAGUGGAAUAGAUUGUGGGACUACAAGGAUUUCUACAAAGUUAUGUCAGAAAACAUGGAAUCAGAAAACCUUGAAGCCAUAGUUCUGCAGCCUGAUCCUUAUGAUCAAAUUGAUGAAAUACAAGCAAUGUCAACAUUGAGGGCAGAAAGUUUAGCACAAAUCAAUCGCCUUAAAUUGCUCAUCCUGCAGAAUUUGAAUUUCUCAGGAAGUCUCAAUUUUCUUUCAAGUGAAUUGGGGUAUCUACGUUGGGAUAAAUAUCCUUUCACUUGUUUGCCGUCGAGUUUUAAGCCGGAUAAACUUGUUGAACUGAUCCUACCUCAUAGCAACAUCAGGCAACUAUGGGAGGGCACAAAGCCUCUUCAUAAUUUGACACGUCUUUAUCUCUCUCACUCGAAAAAUCUUAUUAUGAUGCCAAGUUUUUUCGAGAUUCCAAAUCUUCAGUUCCUAGAUCUUGAAGGAUGCAUAAAACUUGUGCAGAUUGAUCCAUCCAUUGGUACCUUGAGAAGGCUUUCCAGAUUAAAUUUGAAAAAUUGUACAAAUCUUGUUAGUAUUCCUAACAAAAUUUUUGGUCUGAGUUCCCUUAAAUAUCUAAAUCUCUCAGGCUGCCCAAAUUUUUGGUUAGAGGGACAAAGAACAAUAGAACAUUUGGGGAUGCUUGAAAACAAUGAAAUUACUACCCAAUACCAACCAACAUCCUUCAUCUACAAGGUUUUGAAGUCACCCUUCCGAUUUUUUAUUUUUCAAAAAAGUAGAGAUCCAAUUGGUUUAUUGUUACCUUUGGUGUCUCUUUUGUCAUGUUUACAACAUCUAGACCUAAGUUUCUGCAAUCUUCUUCAAAUCCCUAAUGCUAUUGGGUGGUUACACUGCUUAGAAACACUAAAUUUGGGGGGUAACAAUUUUGUUACAUUACCUAGCAUCAAAGAACUUUUUAAACUUAGAAAAUUGAACUUGGAGCACUGUAAGCAGCUGAAAUAUUUACCUGAACUCCCAUCAAAAUCUGUUUUGCCAGUAAGAGAAACAUAUUAUGGUAGGACCGUUGUAUUAAAUAUUUUUGGUUGCCCCAGUUUAACUGACAUAGAAUGUUGUUAUAGAAUGGUUUUAUCUUGGAUGAUACAACUCCUUAAGGUGCACAUGAAAUCCGAUCUCCUUGAGAUUCAUAUUGUCAUUCCUAGAAUGCAAAUUCCAAUGUGGUUCAAUAAACAAAAUGUGGGCAGUUCAAUAAGCAUGGAACCAUUACCCAAUAUGGAUGACAAGAAUUUCAUAGGUGUUGCUGUUGUUUGCUGCAUAACACUUGUAGCACAUGAUGAUCCAUUUAGUUUAGAUUAUGAAAGGUCACCUUGGAUUCGGUUUGGUAUUAAAAAUAAACGAGUAAACUCGUGUUGGUAUUUCUAUAUUCACAUACAUCAUGGAAAAGAUCUGGUUACAGAUGAUUUACAACACCUGUGUCUAAUUUUUAUCACUAGGAAAGAACUUACUUAUCUUACAAAGGGAUUGCAUGAUAUUAUUGAAUUGGAAGUUUCUGUUUACUGUCCCCAUGGUUUGCAUUUGGAGGUAAAAAAUUGUGGUUAUCGUUGGAUAUUUCAGGAGGAUCUGGAGCAAUACAUCUUCAUCAGCAAGUUAGUUUUGGCUUUUACAAUUUCAAUGGCUUGUAGUAGCAACCAAAUUGUCUCUUCAUCUAGAAUGACAUGGAAAUAUCAUGUGUUUGUGAGCUUCAGAGGUGAAGACACGCGCAACAAUUUCACUGAUCACCUUUUUGGUGCUUUUCAUAGAAAAGGCAUUGUUGCCUUCAAGGAUGAUAUAAAGCUCAAGAAAGGGGAAGAUAUAUCAUCUGACCUUCUAAAAGCCAUUGAAGGAUCUCAAAUUUUAAUUGUUAUCUUCUCGAGAAACUAUGCUUCUUCCACAUGGUGCUUGCGGGAACUAGCAAAAAUUGCUGAAUGCAAAGUAUUAGGACAACCUGUGCUACCUAUUUUCUAUGAUGUGAGUCCAUCUGAGGUACGAAAGCAAAGCGGAGAUUUUGAAAAAGCCUUUACGGAUCAUGAAGAUAAAUUCAAAGAAAACUUGGAGGAAGUGCAAAGAUGGAGGGGAGCUCUAACACAAGUAGCCAACCUCUCUGGUUUUGAUUUAAAGGAUAAGCCAGAAUAUGCAGCGAUUGAAAUAAUUAUUAAAGUGGUAACAAGCUUAUUGGGUCACAAAUUUUCACCAUUAGGUGACGAUGUAGUUGGGAUGCACUCACAACUGGAAGAAUUAGAAAAGCUUAUGAUGUUGGACUCCGAUGAUGAUGUUCGAGUUGUAGGGAUUUCUGGAAUGAGUGGAAUAGGGAAGACAACUCUUGGUAAAGCUUUGUAUGGUAGAAUCUCUAAUCAAUUUGAAGCUUGCUGCUAUAUUGAUGAUGUAAGUAAAACUUAUGGAGGUGAUGGCCCAGUAGGAGUGCAAAAGCAACUUCUUUGUCAAACUCUAGAAGAAGAAAAUCUUCAGAUAUGCAAUCAUUAUAUGGCAUCUAAUUUGAUUCGAACUAGGCUAUGUCGAAUAAAAUCCCUUGUAAUCCUUGAUAAUGUUGAUCAAGUUGAACAACUGGAUAAAUUAGCCAUGAAACGUGAGUGGCUAGGCACUGGGAGCAGACUUGUCAUAAUUUCUAGAGAUUGUCAUAUCUUGAGAGAGCAUGGAGUAGAUGAAGUUUAUCAAGUUGAACUCUUGGAUCGUAGUAAUGCCCUUCAAUUGUUUUGUAGGAAAGCUUUCAAAAGUGAUGAAAUCAUGACCGGUUACACAAACUUGACAAAUGAUGUACUAAGAUAUGCCGAUGGCCUUCCAUUAGCAAUUAAAGUGUUGGGCUCAUUUUUGUAUGGUCGAGAUGUCUCUGAAUGGAGAAGUGCAUUGGAAAGAUUAAGAGAGAAACCAAUGGCAGGUAUUAUGGAUGUACUCCGAAUUAGUUAUGAUGGGCUAGACAAUACAGAAAAGGGUAUAUUUCUUGAUAUUGCUUGUUUCUUUGAUGGACAUGAGGAGACAUAUGUGAAGAAAUUUUUAGAUAUUCGUGGAUUUCAUCCUGAAAUUGGUUUAAGAGUUCUCCAUGAUAAGUCAUUCAUUACUUUUCAGUAUGGGCAUAUUUUUAUGCAUGAUUUAUUCAAAGAACUUGGCAAGAGUAUCGUUAGAGAAAAAUCACCCAAAGAACCAAGAAAGUGGAAUAGAUUGUGGAACUACAAGGAUGUCCACAAAGUUAUGUCAGAAAACAUGGAAUCAGAAAACCUUGAAGCCAUAGUUCUGGAGCGUUAUUCUUCUGAAAUUGAUGAAAUACAAGCAAUGUCAACAUUGAGGGCAGAAAGUUUAGCAAAAAUGAAUCGCCUUAAAUUGCUCAUACUGUGGAAUUUGAAUUUCUCAGGAAGUCUCAAUUUUCUUUCAAGUGAAUUGGGGUAUCUACGUUGGGAUAAAUAUCCUUUCACUUGUUUGCCGUCGAGUUUUGAACCGGAUAAACUUGUUGAACUGAUCCUACCUCAUAGCAACAUCAGGCAACUAUGGGAGGGCACAAAGCCUCUUCAUAAUUUGACACGUCUUUAUCUCUCUCACUCGAAAAAUCUUAUUAUGAUGCCAAGUUUUUUGGAGAUUCCAAAUCUUGAGUACCUAGAUCUUGAAGGAUGCAUAAAACUUGUGCAGAUUGAUCCAUCCAUUGGUACCUUAAGAAGGCUUUCCGAAUUAAAUUUGAAAAAUUGUACAAAUCUUGUUAGUAUUCCUAACAAAAUUUUUGGUCUGAGUUCUCUUAAAUCUCUAAAUCUCUCAGGCUGCCCAAAUUUUUGGUCAGAGGGACAAAGAAAAAUAGAACAUUUGGAGAUGCUUGAAUUCAAUGAAAUUACUACCCAAUACAAACCAACAUCCUUCAUCCACAAAGUUUUAAACUCACACUCCCGAUUUUUUACUUUUCAAAAAAGUAGAGAUCCAAUUGGUUUAUUGUUACCUUUGGUGUCUCGUUUGUCAUGUUUACAACAUCUAGACCUAAGUUUCUGCAAUCUAGCUCAAAUCCCUAAUGCUAUUGGGUGGUUACACUGCUUAGAAACACUAAAUUUGAGGGGUAACAAUUUUGUUACAUUACCUUCCAUCAAGAAACUUUUCAAACUUGAACAAUUGAACUUGGAGCACUGUAAGCUGCUGAAAUAUUUACCUGAACUCCCAUCAAAAACUGUCUUGCCAGUAAGAGAAACAUAUUAUGUUAGGUCCGUUGUAUUAAAUAUUUUUGGUUGCCCGAGUUUAACUGACAUAGAAUGUUGUUAUAGAACAGUUUUUCCUUGGAUGAUACAACUCCUUCAGGCGUACAUGAAAUCCGAUCUCCCAAUUGAUCAGAUUGAUAUUGUCAUUCCUAGAAUGCAAAUUCCAAUGUGGUUCAAUAAACAAAAUGUGGGCAGUUCAAUAAGCAUGGGACCAUUACCCAAUAUGGAUGAAAAGAAUUUCAUAGGUGUUUCUUUUGCUUGCUGCAUAACACUUGUAGCACAUGAUGAUCCAACUAUUGGUAUUGGGUUCGGUAUUAAAGUUAAAGAAAGUUUGUUUAGGAGGUACAAUAUUUACAUACAUCAUGGAAAAGAUCUGGUUACAGCACUUAAUUUACCACACCUGUGUCUAAUUUUUAUCACUAGGGAAACAUUUAUUCACAAUGUGAAUCGUAUAUCAGAGGGAUUGCGUGAUAUUAUUGAAUUGGAAGUUUAUGGUUUGCAUUUUGAGGUAAAAAAUUGUGGUUAUCGUUGGAUAUUUCAGGAGGAUCUAGAGCAAUUAAACUCACAAAUGUAUUUAACAAAUCAUUAGCCAUAUUAUAGAAUUGGUUGAUGAAAAAUCCAGAAACUCAAUAGAAUCAUUAAUAAAUAUACUGUUUUUGUAUUUUAAAGAU